AUGCACUUCCUUUUAGAACGGCCACUUUCUUCCAAGUUGGUACUACUUGCGGCUAUCCCGGUGUCACUAACAUUGCAGGCACUUGAGAUGGUCUCCAAUGGUGGCCCAAGAGCAGGGUGCUACAUAUCGUCCCACAUCGUCAAUGGUGACAUUUGUUGCUACAUCUGUUACCGCCAUGUCCCCACUUUCACCUACUACACCCUCAAUCUCUACCAUGACGUCGUGUUCAUUUGCAGAUUUCACGAUACCCAUCAUGUCCUUCUCCCCUUCUUCAAACUCUGA